GCGGGCAAGCACAACCACCACACCGACACCACCGUCAUGGCUACUUUAUCUGCCGAGCAGACAUUACAAUUGCGAACUCAAUUACAUCAGGCCGUAGUUGCAUGUAACGAUCGUUGCUUAUAUCGUUCGGCAAAAUGGGCUGCAGAACUUCUCAAUGCAUUUGCGGAAUCCGAACAGGAUCUCGACAAUGCCUCGGACACAGAGCCAAGUUCUCCGACCAGCGAGGGUGAUCCAUGGACCAAUUUUCAGUUUUCACAAGAGUCACACGAGGCUCGAUUGGAGCGAAGGGAAUAUCCAAAGUUCCUCAUGGCCAAGUCCUUCUUCGACUGUCGUGAAUUCGACCGUUGCGCUGCUACUUUAUUACCCAGUCUUGUUCCGCAGAAACCCAUCAUUAGAGAUGCAACCAAUAUGGCCGCGAAGAGCAAGCCAAAACGAUCGGAACCAUUACCAGGCUUACCACAGCUUAGCCAACGUUCCCUCUUCCUUGCUCUGUACGCAAAAUACAUGGCUGGUGAAAAGCGCAAGGAGGAAGACAGUGAGAUGAUCCUUGGACCUACGGAUGGUGCCGUUACCUUGAACAAGGAACUUACGAGGAUAUCAAAUAUCCUCGACGAAUACCUGAGCGCACGAGGAGGCCUCCAGAGCACACACGAAUCACAGGGCUUUCUAGAAUACCUCUAUGGCAUCGUCUUAUUGAAAGGCAAGAAUGAUGCCCUGGCGAAAGCAUGGCUUCUCAAGAGCGUAAAUCAUUGUCCCUGGAAUUGGGGUGCAUGGCAAGAGUUGGCAGACCUGUUGAACUCGGCUGAAGAGCUCAACGAAAUCACAGAACACUUGCCGCAGAACAUCAUGACUUUCAUGUUCCACAUCUACUGCAGUCAGGAGCUGUUUCAAUCCACCGAGAAGGUGCACAAUGAGAUCAACCAGAUCAGCAACAUUUUCCCCAAUUCUGCCUUCCUGCAAACUCAGCGUGCAUUGCUGCACUAUCAUUCCAAAGAAUUUGAGGAGGCCGACGGCUUGUUCGCCGAUCUACUCUCACGACAUCCUUACCGCCUGGAUUCCAUGGACUCAUACUCAAACAUCCUCUACGUGAUGCCAUCGCGACCAAAACUAGCCUACCUCGCGUCCGUCGCCUCCACGAUCGACAAAUUCCGCCCCGAAACCUGCUGCAUUAUCGGAAACUACUAUUCCCAAUGCUCCGAGCACGAAAAAGCGGUCAUGUACUUCCGCCGCGCCCUAACCCUCGACCGCCAAUUCCUCUCCGCCUGGACACUGAUGGGCCACGAGUACAUUGAGCUCAAGAACACACAAGCGGCAAUUGAAAGCUACAGAAGAGCUGUGGAUGCUAAUAGAAAGGAUUAUCGCGCUUGGUAUGGAUUGGGUCAGGGCUAUGAGCUUUUGGACAUGCACUCAUAUGCGCUGUUUUACUUUCAGAGGGCUGUGGCGUUACAGCCUUGGGAUCCGAAGAUGUGGAUGGCGGUGGCGAAUUCGUUUGCUAAUUGUGGGAGGUUGCAGAAUGCGAUUCGGUCGUAUAAGCGUGCGUUGGUUGCUGGCAGCUAUCUGGACAAUGGUGGAGCCGUCAGUUUCACAUCUUCGGCGGACCCGUUGGCUGGUUCUGUGGGAGGCGCUCUGGACCCGGAGAUUUUGUAUCAGAUUGCUCUGCUUUAUGAGCGGGAUAACAGCAUGGAUGAGGCUUCUGCGUACAUGGAACUUACGCUUGCACAGGAGGAAGGGCCGGAUGAGGAUGACUUGCCACCAGGAGCACCUCUCUCCAGUGCCGGAGGAGGCAUUGGCAUUACACAGACGACAAGCAAGGCAAGACUGUGGUUGGCAAAGUGGAGUUUCGUAAAGCAAGACUGGCAGCGUGCGUCAGAGUUGGCGAAUGAGCUAUGUCAAGAUGGAGUCGAAGUGGAGGAAGCCAAAGCUCUAGUCAGAGAUGUGAGAGCCAGAUUAGAAGCCGAUGGUCAUAUAGGUGGAUGA